AUGCCCCGUUAUUACACCCCACAUGAGGUGCGUGCGCACUGCUUCGAGGAUGAUGCAUACGUUUCCAUCAAUGGGAAAGUUCUAGAUAUAACUCCUCUCAUACAAAUGUAUCAGGGCACUCGGUACGCCAGUUUGCUGCAGCCGCUUAUUCUUGCGGCAGGAACCGAUAUGACACACCUUCUCGAUAAGAAAACAAUGGAUUUCAAAACAUGCAUCGAUCCAGAGACGGGAUUCCGCACGUAUGCGCAACCUUUCGGCCGCUUCGCCCACACCCCGACGGUUCUCCCCGACAGUAGCAUUGACCUCAGUUAUGAGGUGCCAUGGUGGCAAGACGAGCGGUACGUUAUUGGACAACUCACACGCAAGACCCGAAAAAUUCGCAUCGUUAAUACUCUCAAUGGUCACGAACACACACUCGAGGUUUGUUCGGAGGAAACGCUUCGAGAAAUAGUGAUGACGAGGUACUUGAGCCACAACGCCCACGCGCUAAGCUACACGUGGCGGCGGCUUGACAGUGAACCCCGAGACCUUGAUAUGGACAAAACGCUAGACGAGAACGGUGUGCUGGACGAGUCGGAGGAAUUCGAGUCAUUGGGAUUAAAUGCAGAUUAUUACAUUCCCGCGCUUCAUUUGUAUUACGAUGAUGAUCUCACGGAGGCGUAA